GCCCAGAGAUGGUUUAGUUUGAAAAUGGCUUUUCUUACAAUGACAUUCAUUUCUAGGCUGGCAAUAAUGGCUUCAGAAAGAUUGCUGAUUCUGCAGCCACACAACUGGGCUCUGAGAAGAGACUAUGGCAUGAUGAUGUACUAUGCCAGGGAAUAUGGGGAGGCUGUCCAGGAGCUAAGCAUUUGCAUGGCUUUUGCCCCAGAAGAGGAAGCACAAGUUCUGGAACCAUUUGUUGAGAAGCUGCACCUGCUGCAGGUCGAAUCGUCUUGGAAGUCGUUUGGGGCGUGCGUACAGACCGGUUAACUCUUAACACAACUCCCUUGAACAUACAUGUUCUUAAUUGAUGUUGUAAUCAUUGUUAUUGUUAUUGUUACUGGCUGGCUUUAACCAUGCUUCUGUAAACCUAUUAUUGUACUCCAUGCCAUCAAGCCUUACCUUAACUUGUUUUAAUUAAUCUUUCACUAGGGAGAAGAGAGAAAAAAAACCUUUGUAUAUAUGUGUAUUUCUCAUCUCCUAUCUUUCCAUUUCUUAUGUUCCAUUUGAAGUGUGGUGCACCUAUGUUUUGGUAAAUUU